AUGGCGAAGCACACUAGCAUUUCCAUCGAUGAUGUUGAGCGGGAGUUGCAUCGCUUAUCAACAAGCUCGUCUGAUGUAGCUACGUGCAACAGCACCACCACCACUACCUCUACACUCAACACCAGCAAUGUUGAGAAGGGGACAGAAUCCGAGUUAAGUAGCCAUAGAAAACGUGAGUAUCCUUCCCCGCCACCAGAAAGAAUUGGUCGUUUUCGGUACUCUCUCUUUGUAAUGGGCACGUAUGUGGGUUUGGGGAACUGCGUCUUUUUCUGUUGUCUUCCUCUACUGGCAUUCGAGAACAUUUUUCGCGCUAUGGGCUAUCCUCAGCCCAUCUCUUUCCUCUGUGCUACCUGCCAUGUGCCUAUAGCCACAUUUUGUAUGUGUCCAUGUAUUCUCUGCAAAGUAAGGCGUCAAUUUCGUAAGAAAAGGAAGAUAAAGGGAAGCUUCAUACUCGAUUGCCUUCUAUCCUGCCUAAUGUGCUGCUGUGUUGCUACGCAACUUCUCACGGAAGCACGUGCCGUCAUUAUAGACAAGAGGAACGGAGUUGGCAAAUCUGAGGAUGGAGGACGAUCAAAAUGA